CCGCUCUCUGUCGCCAGACGGCGCAUACACGUGCCUCUACAAGCACAGCUUCGCUCACGCAGGUUCGCAGGCAUGGAUCAACAAGCACAGAAUCACACAGUUCAGUUCAUCUCGUCGCUCUCUCCCCGCUGUGUGUGCACGUUGCUUCAAAUAGGCUGUUUCGUCGGACUCCCAUCCCUGACAGAAUGAUGGUCCGCUGCAUGCCUCCCCGAGUCCAUCUUGUCGCCUUCUCUCGCCUCAUCUGUAUGGCGUUGCUGCUUCUGCCGCUGAACACAACGCAGGCGGCCACUGCCAUCGGCAGCAACAGAGCGGCGAGUGGGCUCCAGCUGAUGCGCAUGCGUCCGCACAGAGGGAGGGGAGGCCCUCUAGAAGCCUUCCUGCCAAGUGUGCCGAAGGAGAUGCCCCUGAGGGGCUUUGGGAUGCGUCGAGAUGAGUCUGUGAGGGCCAUCCAUGCCGGCAAGAGCCGAGAGGUGAGCUGACUGGACAGAUCGACGGGGAUCCACGCCAUUCGAAUGGUUCCUUCUCAUUCAGCUGCGCCAUCCAUCCACUGCUUCUCCAUCCCUGGGCCCAAUCAACAGAAUGCGGCCUUCAGCUGCAACAGCCAGGUAGAUGAAUGCACACAGACGGACAGGCAGAUGGGAUGCCGUCCAUGUGUGUGUGGCUUUCAGAUGGCCGCCCAUGCGGCGUCACACAGCGCUGCUCUCUGCCGUCGCCACACAGGCGGAAACGGCCGGCGAUUCAUCGGAGGCAGCCGGCAAGCUAUCGCUGGAAGGUGGGCGAACAUUCACUCACGCAAAGUUGACAUAGGCAGAGACAGUCAUCUUGUCUGUGUUAUCACUUUUCGUCUGCAGGUCGCUUGAAGCUGACAGAGGAUGAUCUGUUGCCCACGGCUGACGUGCCGCUGCCUCGAGUGGACUUGACGACAGAGCCUGAGGUGUUCAUUGGGAGCGAUUAUGUGGACAAGGCUUAUUCGCUGCUGCUGCCCGAGUACGGGAGGAUGGACUCGUCGAGCGAGCGAGUGAUGCCAAUGUCAUUCGUCGGCUUCCAAGGGGGUGGCAAGACCAGGAUGCUGAAAGAGCUGUCUAAGAAGCUGCGACAGGAGAGCAUCCCCGCUAUCUUUAUCCCUUUUGGUGACGAGACCGAGUACAACAUAGACACCGAAGGCGCCUCUACGCCGUUGUUCGACUCACUCAAUCUGCGGCUGGCGUGGGCGGCGGCGACCGACGAGGCGCGAGCACGGGUCGCACGGGCAGCCAAUGUGGACGUGGACAAGCUGAACUUUACGAUGUGGCUCAGGCACGCAUCCAUCAGCGAGCGCACCGCGCGUGAGUGGCUCGACCGUCAGCCAUGUGUGCUGCUCAUUGACGACCUGCACCGCUUUGCGACUCUGGAGGGCGGCGAACGCUCUGAAGCCGAGGGCGAAGUGGGUGAAUACCUCAAGUACGAUUUCCUCAAUAAUUCUGACCGGCACUUCGUCUUCACUGAGCCCAACAAUGCGACCACUGUCAGCCGCAAGUUUCUUCGGUUCCUCGAUCCAAUGUUCCAAAAGUGGCGUCACCUGCUCCGGCCAGAGCUGCCUUUGAUCGAGGAAAAGGACCUCAAACACUUUCUGAACAAUAAUGUGACUCGUGGAACGAUUUGCUGGGCCGGGCGAUCUCCUGGACUAGUGUGGGAGAUGCGUCAGCACGGUGGCUCUCUGGAGGCCAAAGUCGGUAACGUCUCUCGUGUCGAUCGGAGAAGAUUUGGAGCGAUUGGGGUAUUAUGCGAUUUUCUGGCUACGGCGAUGGAAGGGACCAGCCGCUCUUCUGAGCCUAAUAUCGGCAACUGGACGGCAUUGUUGAAUGUGUUUGACGAAGUGAGGACUUCUCAUAUUGGGCAUGGACGACUGGCGUGGCACAGAACAUACUCACUGCCUCCUUGCUAUCUGGCCGGUAUGUGCGCUUCUCUGGCGCAAUGGGACGCUUUGAAGGAGAAAGCUGGCGAGUCGUUUUGUGAAGGACUGAAUGCUGUUGCCAGCAGCCUGCACAUGCUCAAUCAUGCUGAGGAGGGACGCCAGUGGGUCGGGCCGUGUGCAACGGCGGUGCUCAUACGAUUGCUGCAAGGCGAAAUAGCGAAGCUAACCCACUAUGGCCCCCGCGAUGCUGACGAGGUCCCACCGCAGGUCGGCAACGUCCUUCUCGGUUCUCUCGUGAUACCGUUGAAUUACGACAAAGAGGCGAUGGGCUGCAAAUUAUAUAUAUAUUCUUUUUGGCGGGUACUUCAGUAGCUCGGAGUGGAGAAACACUGAGGAAGUCAUUAAGGCGUUUGUCGAGAGGAGCGCACCUCCAUGCUCUGCACGAUUCGAAUGGGAUCCUGACACCGUCUUCUUCUAUCAGCCUGAGCCCGAUGCCUUCGAGGGUAUCUAUGACUUUUUUGUGUUCGUGGUGGACAACGAUGGCAAGCUGACCGAUGUGUGGGGCUACAAGUGUGUCCGCGAAGACGUCUUACCACCAGGAGAGGACGAGCCUUUUAUCGACUAUAAAGAUCGCCGGCAGCAAUGGAUGGAAACCAAUGUGUGGCCGCCUCUGGCCGGGGAUCCGCUGCCGGGCGCGGCCGACCUCUUCAGUGAUCCCGAUAUGCGGUCGAUAGAGAUCAAGUCAGUGUGGCUGCCAGGGGGUGGGGGGCGGGGAGAGAAGGCAUUUGUGAGGAGGCAGGAGGAUGGCCAUGCGUGAAUUGUGCCAUCUCGGGACGAUGUUGAUGCACUACUCGGUCUGGCACUGAACCGCACAUGCUCCUCUGUGCGUUGCAGUGCUUGAAUCUUUGUGGGUCAAGUUUUGCUGUGGUGUAAAAAAC